CCCCGUCGACCGUCUGCUCGGACAAGCUGCAGACAGCAGCAACCCUGGAUUAAUUCAAAUUUCUCUCUUUGGAUUAAUUUACCUUAAAUACUGAACAGCAUUGGUCGGUACCACCACACAGACAGGCACAUGAGCCGAGGGACUGCUGACCACCCCUAGCCGGUUGCUAGCGGUCGUCACUUCUUGCGCACCGUAAGUCCUGCGUCAGGCAUGCUGACAUUUCGCGAACGUUACGUGCGAUGGACUCGCAUCCAUUCCUAAUGACGGAUAUUUGAUCUCACGGAAAAGUCCAAGGUCCAUGCUUGGUAGUACAUAUAUUAGUGCCAGGCCCCGUACCAGCCAGCUUCACUCCCCCUUUGCUCAUCAUGUCCUCGCCACUCGCCGUCCCUCAGUCAGAGGCUGACCGGUUCGAAUUGACGUCGCAACUUCCCGCAUCAAAUACAGCGAGUCGGUCAUCGUCUACUAUAAUUGGCGAGAACGAUCGACCGCUGAGUGUAGGAGACAGAGAAGACGUUAACGAAGAGUACCGCAGAGAGGCUUAUGGGCCGGAGCCGGGGGAGAAAGGUUGGGAUGAGUUUGAAGUACGUUUUGCCCCCGACGAUCCCGACGACCCUCACACUUGGUCACGAGUCAAACGGUGGUAUCUCACUGCCCUGAGUGGAUUGCUGGUUCUCAAUGCUACGUUUGCGAGUUCAAUCCCGGCGGGCAUCAUUCCACAUCUCAUGGCGGAAUUCCACUUUGGUACUGAAGUCGGCGCGCUUCUUAUCUCUCUCUUCGUUGCCGGUUACUGUGUCGGGCCAAUACUAUGGGGUCCUCUCUCUGAACAAUACGGAAGACGGCCCAUUGCCCUUUCAUCAUUCGCCGUGUAUACAUGUUUCCAAGUGGGCUGCGCCCUUUCCAAGAAUACUGCUUCAAUACUCGUCUUCCGCUUUUUGGGUGGUACCUUUGCAGCAGCUCCUUUGACAAAUAGCGGAGGUAUAAUUUCAGAUAUCUGGGACGCCGAUACACGAGGAUUGGCUCUAGCAUUCUUUACUCUAGCACCGUUCGCAGGUCCGUCACUUGGACCAACCGUCGGCGGUUUCAUGGUCGUAGCUGGAGUGUCAUGGAGAUGGGUGUUUUGGCUGCUAACAAUGUUCGCUGGAGUAUGUUUUGUACUUAUCGUCUUCACUUUACCUGAAACGCAUGCGCCGACGUUGCUUGUGCAGAGAGCCAAGCGAUUAAGAAAGCAGACUGGAGACAGCCGGUGGUGGGCUCCGCUAGAAAAGGAGGAUCUGACUAUCACACAGCGUCUGGAGACCAUUGUUGCUCGGCCGUUCAAAAUUUUGAUCCUGGAGCCUAUGCUACUGUCAAUAACUCUUUAUAUGAGUUUUGUGUACGGCUGCUUGUACCUCAUGUUCGAAGCUUACCCGAUCGUAUUUACGGUGGGACACCAUCUGAAUGCUGGGCUUACGGGUCUUACGUUCCUCCCUAUCUUCGUUGGUGGAUGCAUCGGGUGCUUUGGCUACAUCUUGUACUGGAACCCGAUAUACAUACGCCUUAGCAAGCAAUACGCGCCUGCGCCCGUUCCCCCAGAAUUUCGUCUCGACAUUUGCAUGUACGCUGGGCCCGGAUUCGCACUCACCUUCUUUUGGUUCGGUUGGACGUCAUACCCAGAAGUAUCUCUAUGGGCCCCCAUGAUGUCAGGCUUGGUGAUGGGUUUCUCCGUCGUCUGGAUCUUCCUUGGUCUAUUCAACUAUCUCAUUGACGCAUACCUCUUCAUCGCCGCAUCCGCGCUGGCAUCGACUACUGUCAUACGAUCCCUAUUUGGUGCAGGGUUCCCGCUCUUCGCCAAUCAGAUGUACGAGAAGCUCAAUCCUCGAUGGGCAUCGACUCUUCUGGGAUGCAUUGCUCUACUUAUGACACCCAUUCCGUUCGUGCUCAAGCACUAUGGCCCGACGCUUCGUCGAAACUCCAAGUUCGCACCGUCCGUCGAUGUCUUGCCAAAGUUUGAAACAAAGGAGACAGAGAAUUCGUCAUUGGCGUGACCACAGAAAGAAGGACAUAACUUAUCUUCACUGUUAUUUCAUGGAUGAUAUAGAGACGGCUUUAUGUGGCUUACGACCAACCAACGACCAUCCCACCCCCUAUCCCUAGGCUUCUACUUCCCUAAUGACCCGUCACGGCACACCGCAACAUUAAUGUAAACUCACAUUAUUCGUUUCCUUUCACAUUCAUUUUCUGGUGCUUAGAUCCGUCCCGGUUAUGCAGUUAUAUACAAGGACUCUCCGUCGUCAUUCAUAUAUUCAUAGUUACGCACGAUACAUACAUUUAUCCCGAGUCUACCUUCAAUCUGUACCUGUAGGAUUACCAAAUGCAUUCGUCGUAUCAAAGUAAAAGAUGUACAGCUACGUGUUGUGAAUUUAUAUGUCCAACUACAAGACUUUCAUGUAUAUGUUUCGUGCUACAAUUAUCCAAC